AUGAUCAUUUUAGGUUCGGUGAAUGAUUAACAAAUAGGAGCAUAGUCUUAAUCCACAUUAUUAAAUUACAAACACAAGGAUGAGGAUGCAUUCCAGGCGCGUGAUAAUGUCCUCCUUGACAUUUAAACGUUUAGCCAGCUUUAUCUUAAUCACUCCAGACUCUCCGAAAUCCAUCAACUAGUUGGAGUAUCAAUAUCAAAAACUAAAUAUCCUUUCUAAUCAUAAAAAUUUUUAAAGACUUAAAUUUAUUGGUAGGCUAAGAACUCAUUCUUCCAAACUCAACAAUCCAAAAAAAUUUUAAUAUUUUAAAUUUAUAGGAUAUAGCAAAUUGGAUGGCUGAUUGUUAACACUUUUUGUCUCAAAAAGAAUAGAAAAAAUUUCUGCAAUUACUUUAAAAACGAAUUCACUAUUUUGUAAUAAUUAAUUAUUAAAGUGUGGUAAUAAGGAUAUAUAAAAAUUUUUUUCAUAAACUCCCCUUUCCCCAACAAUUAACGAUUAUUUUUGCAAUCAUCUCCUAAUUAUAAUCUUAAAUGGAAAGUGCCAUAAUGUCGAUGA